AUGGAGGAUUUGAAAACUUCGGACCGUUUUUUCCACAAGUCCUCAUUCAGCAUCAGCAGCCUGUUGUGGAGACGAGAGGGAGUGAUAGGUAACCCGGAGGCUCCUUCUCCGUCCCAGAAGCUGCGCUCCGCACAUCCAGAGAUAUCUAGUCAAGAGGAAAACUUUGUCAAUGAAAAGAACUGCGAAAACCCAAAACAGUGCACUAAAGCAGAAACCAAACCGGUGACUGCAAGUGGAAAACGAGAAGGAAAUAAGGGAGACUCAAAGAAAAGCGGGGGAGCAGAAGAGAGUAUUAAACCUGAGAAACCUCCUUUCAGUUAUAACGCGCUCAUCAUGAUGGCGAUCCGCCAGAGCCCAGAACGACGUCUCACACUCAACGGAAUCUAUGAGUUUAUAAUGAACAACUUUCCAUACUACCGACAGAACAGACAAGGUUGGCAAAAUUCAAUCAGGCACAACUUGAGUCUGAACAAGUGUUUCGUUAAAGUGCCGCGCCACUAUGACGACCCGGGUAAAGGCAACUACUGGAUGCUGGACCCCUGCAGUGAGGAUGUGUUUAUAGGUGGCACAUCAGGGAAACUCCGGCGCAGGGCCACAGCUGGAUCCAGGACCAAGCUUGCACUAAAAAAGGGAGGAGGUCGUCUGAUGUCCUCCAGCAGGGCAACCAGUGUCACCUUGGCCGCAGCGGGUCCAUUUUACUGGCCGGUUCCGCCGUUUCUGCCUCUCCAGUCACCAGUGCGCACCCACCUUGGCGCAGGGACUUAUCUGAGUGCUCACCACCGCUUCCCCAACCACGCCACAUCGCUUGUUUCACAGCGGUCCCGGCUGAGUGCAACAAGUUCUGCAGACGCCGACCGGUUCGUGCAGACGCACCAGGAGAUGUCUUACAUUGGAGUCAGCUGCGCGCAAUCCCGUCACCAUCAGAUUGGCGCUGCCUGCACCGCUUUCUCCACAUCCAUCCCCGCAUGCACCCUGCCGCUGUCUGACCCGUGCUCUUUUAACAUGAUCUCUGGACAAGCCAGCUACUUUUACUCUCACCAAAUACCAUGUACCGCAACGUUUACUCCAUGUCAAGAGGAGUGCGCCCCGUCUAAGACGUCUCCGGGACAAUUCUUAUCCAAGACCGUUCACUCAGACCUUGGGGGAUGUUGUAAUGACAUUCCAAAUUAUUGCCCUCAAGCCAGUUCAAGCCCUCCUACUUCUUGGAAUAUAGAUAAAUAG